AGCUGCCGCUAAACCUCAAAGAAGAAGAAGAAGAAGUCAUGGCCAAGAUGGCAGCCUCCAUGGUGGAGAGUGGAGAAGAUGCAUUUAGAAAACUGUUCAAGUUUUACAAGAGGAGAAACCCUCCGCCAGAUUUCACUGAUGUUAUUGACUUCUCCAAAGCUGCGCCGAGUGACAAGAUAGUUCCAGCUGAGUUGGACCCUGCUGCAGUGAGUGAUGUGGAGGCUGCGAGGGUUGGAUUAAAGCCUGUCAGAGACUGGAGAGUCUACGGCUUGCAGGGCUACCCAGGGUUCAUCUUCAUCUCUAACCCGUUCCUGCUGGGCUCCCAACCCUUCUGGGUCAGACAGUGUUUGAAAACCUACCCUCAGAAGCCCAAUGUCUGCAACCUGGACAUGCACAUGUCUCCCUCUGACACCCAGGACAUCUGGGACAAGAGUGUACAUGGCCUCGGUUUUCCUCCCUCUGGGAAGAGAGGACCCAAGACUCUACUGGAGCGGCUGCGCUGGGUCACUCUGGGAUAUCAUUACAACUGGGAUACCAAGACUUACUCUGCCAACCAUUACACUCCUUUCCCAGCUGAUCUCCACUUGCUGUCCUCGCAAAUAACAGCUGCGUGUGGGUUCCGGGGGUUCAACGCAGAGGCUGGAAUCCUCAACUACUACCGAUCUGAUUCAUCGCUGGGAAUCCACGUGGAUGAAUCGGAACUAGAUCACAGCCGACCGCUGCUGUCAUUCAGUUUUGGGCAGUCAGCCAUCUUCCUCCUGGGAGGCAUCCGCAGACAGGACCCCCCCACUGCUAUGUACAUGCACAGUGGGGACAUGAUGGUGAUGUCGGGACAGAGCCGCCUCCUUUACCAUGCUGUCCCACGCAUUGUUCCAGCACCACAGGGACAUAUCUCUUUAGAGAUGGAAAGCUGCAGCCUGGCCUCAGCCCUGCAGGACAACACUGUGGUGGAGCCAGUGUCAGAGGAGGACUGGGCGGUAUGCUCCAGGUACAUCCAGAGCUCCAGAGUGAAUAUGACUGUCAGACAGGUCCUGGGGCCUGGGCAGAGAUUUCCAGAAACACCCUCUUCUCACCAGAGGACCAAUGCAGGCCGGACAGUGGGGUACCAUGAGGGAGCAGCAGAUAGAGGGAAUGGGAAGAGGAGACAUAGCUGUGACUCUGAUGAUACUGUAGAGACAUGAAACAAACCACCUGCUGCAACUCUCACAUGUGAAGUGUGAAUAGGUACAUCUGUAAGUAGUGCGGUGACACUUCAUUCAUUGUUGUCACCGUGCACUCUAGCAGAAUGAAGCAGAAAUGAAACAGUGUCUUUAAUGUAACAAUUUUGGUUUUAAGGUAUUUGGAGGAGGUCAGGCGCGCUUUUGUGAUAGGCGCUCAGCCAGGUGUCAGGCAAUCCAUUCAACAAGACCCCCUUUUUUAAGACAAAAAUCCGCCCAGCAAGUUGAAAGGUCAGCUGACUCUUCCUGCUGACUAGCCAGGCAAAAGCUACAAGUAGGAGCAGCUGUUUGCUAGUCUCUCUUCACAAAAAGGGAUUUAUAAACGAAUGGCCUCAGUUUUUGGGACUGCUUUCCUUGACCUGGGAGGCGCUGUGCUUAUUGAGAAGUCCUCCAGCCUGUCUAACAAAUUUACAUUUUGUGAUCGGUAGAUAACAAAUUAUUUUAAUAGCGGGUGUAAAUGCAAAGAGCCAUAGAUUGGAUGUCAUUAUACAGAUACAGAUCACACGUUUAUACCAGGUGUAAAUGGGGCAGGUGAAGAUUAUUAUUCUCAGGUGUGUUUUAUCACAUGACAUCAAGAAGAGAUAUCAAGACUGAGCCUGCUUUUUGACUGCUCAGAGAAGGCUUCCUGUGUGGCAAUGUGAGGUGAGAGGUAUGGUCACGUUCCUAAUCAAGGCCAAUUUAAACUUCUGUGUCGAGUAGUAGCCUACUGUGUGGAUUUUCUUUUUCUUCAUUGGUGUAGGCUACAAACCAUGGUGACUGAAACGUUGGAGCUGACUGAUGUUGAACGGCAGUUACUUUUGGUGAAAUUACUAACAUGCAGAAACGAGAGAAGAGAAUUUGUAAAAUGGCGGCGAAGAAGGACAAGCUGGAAAAAGCAUAGCGAGACACGACGCAGAUGUAUAAAUUGGCCUUCAUCUCUCACCUGUUUGAAUGGUUUUAAAAAGACAAUACAUUUUAGAGUUCUCUUUCUAGAUAAUCUAUUCAUUAAAGGGCUCAUAAUGUGCUUAUGAGAUCAUUUA